AACGGGAAAGAGCUCUCCAAGCUGUCUCAGGAGCAAACCUUGGAUGCUCUGCGCUCCUCCAAGGAGCCCCUGGUGAUCCAGGUGCUGAGACGGAGCCCCCGCCCCCGGGGGGACAGCCCCUGCCAUGACCUGCAGCUGGUGGACAGCGGCACUCAGACCGACAUCACCUUCGAGCAUAUCAUGGCGCUGGGCAAGCUGCGCCCGCCCACCUCACCCAUGGUCAUCCUGGAGCCCCCCCCCAUCAGCCAUGAGUACUAUGACCCAGCGGAGUUCAUGGAGGGCGGCCCACAGGAGGCAGACCGCAUGGAUGAGCUGGAGUAUGAGGAGGGGGAGCUGUAUAAAAGCAGCCACCGCCACAAGCUGGGCCUGAUGGUUUGCUACCGCACAGACGACGAGGAAGACCUGGGUAUCUACGUUGGAGAGGUAAAUCCCAACAGCAUCGCAGCCAAAGACGGCCGGAUCCGUGAGGGAGACCGCAUCAUCCAGAUCAACGGUGUGGAUGUCCAGAACCGGGAGGAGGCAGUGGCCAUUCUAAGCCAGGAGGAGAGCACCAACAUCUCCCUGCUGGUGGCCAGGCCAGAGAGCCAGCUGGCAAAGCGGUGGAAGGACAGUGACCGCGAUGACUUCCUGGAUGACUUUGGCUCAGAGAAUGAGGGGGACCUUCGUGCUCGGAAGCUGAAAUCGCCUCCUGCCCAGCCGCUUGGAAACGAGGAGGAGAAGGGGGCUCCUGAUGGGGGCCCAGGCCUGAGCAACAGCCAGGAGCUGGACAGUGGGGUGGGCCGAACCGACGAGAGCACCCGCAACGAAGAGAGCUCUGAGCACGACUUGCUGGGGGACGAGCCCCCCAGCUCUACCAACACCCCUGGCACCCUGCGCAAGUUUGGCCCGCAAGGGGAUGCCCUGCAGAGCCGGGACUUCCACUUCAGCAUGGACUCGCUGCUGGCGGAGGGUGCUGGCCUGGGAGGGGGCGACGUGCCAGGCCUCACCGAUGAGGAGUAUGAGCGCUACCGGGAGCUGCUAGAGAUCAAGUGCCACUUGGAGAAUGGCAACCAGCUGGGCCUCCUGGUCCCCCGGGCCUCCGGCGGCAAUGGUGCCCUGGACGUUAACCGCAACGAGAGCCUAGGCCACGAGAUGGCCAUGCUGGAAGAGGAGCUACGGCACCUGGAGUUCAAGUGCCGCAACAUCCUGCGGGCGCAGAAGAUGCAGCAGCUGCGGGAGCGCUGCAUGAAGGCCUGGCUGCUGGAGGAGGAGAGCCUCUACGACAUGGCAGCCUGCGAGCCCCAGCAACACUAGCUGGCUGACCCUGAGAAGUCCGACAAAGACAGCACAAGCGCCUACAACACAGGGGAGAGCUGCCGCAGCACCCCACUGAUGGCCGAGCCCCUGCCCGAGAGCCCCCUGAGGCGGGCUGCUCCCGGCGACUCCAACUUGAACCGGACCCUUCUGGGCCCCUCUAGCGCCAGCCCUCCCAAGGCAGCUCCCCAACAGGGGAGCCCCGCCAAGUUCCGAUCCCUCUCCCGGGAUCCCGAGGUGGGCCGGAGACAGCACGCAGAGGAGCGCAUGCGCCGCAACCCCAAGGUGGGGGUGACCCUGGAGCGCCUGGGCCCUGAGGGCAGCCCUUACCUCUCACGGCGCCACCGGGGCCAGGGCCCAGAGAGCGAGCACUACCAGAGCUGCGUGCAGCUGGUCCCGCCUCGAGGCCUGGAGGAGCUGGGCCAUGCGCCCUUGAGUUUGGCCAGCGGCCCUCGGGUGGGCGGGGUGGCAGCCACGGCCCCCGAAGCACCCCGCAUGGAGUGGAAGGUGAAGGUGCGCACGAGGGAGCCCCAGAAGCACGAGCUGUCUGACAUCUCCGAGCUGCCUGAGAAGUCCGACAAAGACAGCACAAGCGCCUACAACACAGGGGAGAGCUGCCGCAGCACCCCACUGAUGGCCGAGCCCCUGCCCGAGAGCCCCCUGAGGCGGGCUGCUCCCGGCGACUCCAACUUGAACCGGACCCUUCUGGGCCCCUCUAGCGCCAGCCCUCCCAAGAAGAUCCUGGACAACUGGAUCACCAUCCAAGAGAUGCUGGCCCACGGCGCACGCUCAGCCGACGGCAAGCGGGUCUACAACCCCCUGCUCUCGGUCACCACUGUCUGAGCCGCCAGGGCGGAGCCCAUCCUGGCCUAGGCCGGCUCCCUCUCCCUUAGUCUGGUGUGUAGGUGGGUGGGUGUGUGCAUGCCACAAACAUGUACACACCUACCUGUCUGUGCGUGCACGUGCACGGGAGUUUAAUGGAGAGAAGCCCCUGAGAAGGGUCGCUUCUCUUCCAUGGGCUACUUCCUUCUCCCCGGGCAGUGACCACAGUGAUGGCUGGCAUUGGGCACCCCGUGAUGGCCCCCUUCCAGGGCUCCCUCCACCCUAAUGCUUGGAGACAGGACGUGGAGCUGCAGAGGAGAGGCAAGGAUGCCCUAAGCACAAGAGCACACCCAGCUUUGCUGCUGAGUGCGGCCUCUCCCUGUGGCUGAGAGUCUGUUAUUUGUAGGCAAAGGCAACAUUGAUUUUUGUGGUUUUCUCCCUUUCUGUGCUUGCCAA